CAGAACCCCCGCCCACUGUCGGUCCUCGCAGCAGCAGCAGCAGCAGCAGACUGAUUUUAAAAUGGUGGAAUUGGUGCACACACUUGCGGAUCAUGUCGAUGACGUUAACAGCUGCACCUUCUCUGACUCUCUCCUUGCUACCUGCUCUUUGGACAAAACAAUCCGAGUUUAUUCACUAAACGAUUUCAGUGAAGCCCCCUUUUCCCCACUGAGAGGCCACACAUAUGGAGUCCACUGUUGCUGCUUUGCCCCACACAGCCCCAUCCUCGCAUCUUGUUCUACCGACGGUAAAACGAUUCUCUGGAGCAUGGACAAUGGACAGGUACGAGCCUCCUUUCAGCAACCGACCAGCAGCCCUGUGAGAGUCUGCAAGUUUUCCCCAAAUUCCCUGUAUUUGGCGUCGGGUGCAGCAGAUGGUUCUGUGGUUUUAUGGAACGUCCCAUUAUUAAAAAUUCAUAGAUCAAGCAGUGUGAAGGAUGGGUCACUGGUGGCAUGCACAUUUUCUCCGGAUUCAAAACUUCUUGUAACCGGUUCGUCGUGUGGGGACUUGACCGUUUGGGAUGAGAAUCUGAGAUGUUUACACAGUGAGAAGGCGCAUGAUCUAGGCGUGGCAUGCUGUGACUUUGCUGCACAACCAAUAGCUGGUGCUGAACGUGGUAUGGAACAUUUCCAGUUGGCAUCUUGUGGCCAAGAUAAUGAAAUCCGAUUGUGGCUGAUCUCAUACAGCGGUGCAAAAGGUCUUGAAAUGAGGUGUACAGACACCUUAAGCGUGCACUCUGCUCCUGUUCUUGCCUGCGCCUUUUCUAACAAUGGUGAAAUUCUUGUAUCAGGAUCUGUGGAUAAAUCUGUAAUCAUUUACAAAGUUAAAAGUCAAUGUAUUGUUCAUAUCCUGACUCAUCACACACGGUAUGUCACUGCAUGCUCCUUGGCACCCACUUACCCUCUCCUAGCUAUUGGCUCAAUGGACAAAACUGUAUCCAUCUGGAAACUGAGACAGGAGAAUGAUACGCCAGUUAUCAGACGACAAAGCAAGACAGAGACACAUAUUGAAAACUGGUCAGAGGACGACAUCAAGAAUUGGCUUUCUGAAGAGGGCUUGUCAGAGGUGGAACAUGUAUUUACUUCAAAUAAUAUUGAUGGCAAAGAAUUAUUGAACCUCACGAAGGAAUCUCUACUCCAUGACCUCAAAAUUGAAUCUUUGGGAGUACGUAAUAAAAUCUUAAGGAAAAUCGAGGAGAUAAAGAGCAAAAUGAAGAGCACUUUAACAGACAUCCCAGAUGAAUUUUUGUGCCCUAUAACCUGUGAAAUAAUGAAGGACCCAGUCAUCUCAUCAGAUGGUUAUUCGUAUGAAAGAAGUGCUAUAGAAAACUGGAUUAGCACCAAGAGGACCAGCCCAAUGACCAACCUUCCUCUCGAAAACCUUCUUCUAACGCCAAAUAGGACGCUAAAAAUGGCUCUAAACCGUUGGCUGGAAAGCCAGAGCACAACAUUACUGUGACGUUGUGGUGUCGGCUGGAACUGAUGUGCAAUAGACCAUCUCCACCCUAGCUCUCAAAAACAAAGAUUACACCAUAAAAUAUUUAAUUAGUAAAACCUGAAAGACACUACAUGGUGGUGGUGACGCACUAAAGAGCUAGUUUAUGGCACUAAAUUAGGCAUCAAAUCUGUGCAAGGACUGAUGUGUGACCCUAGUGCAGUCACUCAAUGGAUUGUUGACCUGUAGUGCUAGUGUAGGGGAGGGUGAAUUUGUCAGUGUAAUGCAUCAAUAUCUACCUAAUUUGUUACUCGGGCACCUGUGCAUUUACCAUGGACCCUAUCACGACUACCGGUUUAGCUUUGGAGGUAUAGAAUGUAAGAAGAGAAUUCUGUCCACGAAUGAUUCUGAAUAGUAAAUCUUCUAUGUAACAAACAUUGAAUUUUAAAGAGAAUAGAAGGAUUGCCAUAUGGGCAUUUUUGAAGAUUAAUCUUCCAAUUUCCUGGUUUCUGUACUGUCGCAAGUUACCAAACAUUUAAAGGGACACCCCAGGCUAUAGCAAAUUUAAUUUUUGCAAUCCAUUCUUUUAUAACUUGAAAGCAAAAAUGAUCAAUAAUACAUGUAUUUACAGUUUCACUUUGUGGAAUUUCUUUAUAUGGAAACUUUUCAUAUCAUGUUUAUGCAUCCUCUAUAUUUAAUGAAUAUGUAUUCGUCAAGUGUGAAAAUGAAAUGUAAAAAGCUACACUUCUUUAUUCUGCAAAUAUGCUCCUACAUGUUGGUGCCUUUAAAAUAAUUAUUAUAAAGCCUUUCCAUUACAGCUGGCACUCACCAUAAAGAAAGCAGAGAAUAGGAGAGUUUUAAUUAUGGGCCGUGCACACCCUUGUUGUGCCUGGACAUAACUGGAUUGUAAUGUCAUUAUUUGGUAAAUCUUUCACAUAAAUUUGAGUAAACUGAGUAUUACAUGAUAACGGUAUACCCCAGCAAUAUUUCCAGUUUAGUGACAUUUCCACUGUAAGACCCCAGACUUCGCAGCUCUUGCCGGAAGCUCUGUGCGGAGUAGAAAGCCCCUUAAGCCAGUUGGGUUGGUUCUAUAGAUUUCUGUGGCAUUGCUGAGGUUACCCAUGAACCCCUGCUCCGCACUGCUUGAUACGCACAGUAGAGGUUUAUGGGAUCAGUUCAGUUGUCAGAGUGGUGUAUAAUUUACCGAUUGCAAAUUGCUGCAUUUAUUAGACAAUAUGUGUAUAUAUAGUCAUGGAGUGAAGACCUCUUUAUAUACAAGUGUAUGCAAGAUGAAUUAAGUUGUUAUGGUGCAUUGUGUGUCCCUUUAAAACU